UCGCUCAGCACCUCUUGGACUCAGUUGUCCUCAUUCCGCUUUGCGGUGCACCACCAAUCAUCGAUCAAUCAUGAAGUGUGUUUCACUGGUUAUUGUUACAAUUACUGUGUGUCUAGAUAAUGUCUUGGCAUUGUCACCUGAUCAGUAUGGACUGUACGGUGCUAGUGAUUCUAAGGGAAAUGGAUGGGGUGCUAAUUUCGGACGUGCACCCAUACUUGAGAGGUACUCUUGGAAUAUGCUGGACUGGGCAUAUCCAGAUCAAUUGAGCCGCGAUGCUGCUCUUGCAAGCGGUGACUAUAUACCCCAGAAUGGACUUCCUGUCGGCAUCGAAAUCUGGCGGAACAAGCUCUUCGUUACCGUACCGAGGUGGAAGAAUGGUAUACCGGCAACCUUGAAUUACAUAUCACUGGAUACCAAUCGUGGUGGAUCACCAAAGCUAUCACCCUAUCCAAACUGGGCGCAGAACAAAGCUGGCGAUUGUGGUAGUGGUCUCACCACUGCAUACAGAAUUCAUGCGGACGAGUGUGACAGACUUUGGGUACUCGACACUGGCACCAUUGGAAUAGGAAAUACUACUGUACAAGCCUGUCCUUAUACGCUUAAUGUAUUUGAUCUUACCACUGACAAGAUACUCAGACAGUAUAAACUCAGGCCAGACGAUAUUAAUAUGAACACUUUCAUCGCGAAUAUUGCUGUGGAUCUGGGCAAAGGUGGCUGCGACGAUGCUUUCGCCUACAUGUCCGACGAACUGGGGUACGGUCUGAUAAUCUACUCCUGGGAGAAUAACACCUCCUGGCGAGCUACUCACAGCUAUUUCAUGCCCGAUCCUCUAGCUGGUGAUUACAACAUUGGUGGAUUAAAUUUCCAAUGGGGCGAGGAGGGAAUUUUUGGGAUGAGCCUGUCCCCCAUUGCCUUAGACGGCUACAGAACAUUAUUCUUUCAUCCUCUCAGCAGCAAUCGUGAAUUCGCUGUGUCCACCCGAAUUUUGAGGGAUCCAGUUCUCGCUCUCGACAGUUACCAUGAUUUCCAACCCCUUGCUGAACGAUUCAUGGGCCAUUCAACAUCGGAAGUGAUGGACGAGAAUGGCCUUCAAAUAUUCAAUCUCGUCGAUCAGAAUGCCGUUGGCUGUUGGAACUCUCUUCUCCCUUAUUCACCAGCUAAUCAUGCACUAAUAGCACGACACGACGAGGCACUCAUCUUCCCAGCUGACGUCAAGAUACGACGGGGAAUGGUCUGGAUAAUCUCCGAUAGAAUGCCAAAUUUCCUCCUGGCUUCUCUAAACUACACAGAUAUCAACUUCAGAAUAUUGACAAUGCCUCUGUCAGCAGCUAUUGCCGGAACGGUCUGCGAUCAUUCCCCUUGGAGAUUUAUUGGUAAUAAUGCACUCUGGUGGGACCGGCGAUGAUGAAAUCAUGAGUAGGAGCUCAAGCAAUGCUUAGUCGCGGGUUUUACUCCAAUUCCAGGGGAUGUAGACUAUCUGUUAUUUAAUCAUGCUUUUACAAGUAAUAAUAGUUGAAGCGUUAAUCAUGUUCCCAAUUAAAAAAAAUUCAUCAAAAAUUAUGUACGAAAAAAAAUUUGUUUGAAUGUAGGAUAUUUUAUACUCAAAUCUAGUGCAUUUCAUUUUCAUAUCACAUACUACAUAUUGUAUUUAAUUAUCUGUUUUAUGCUUACGAAAUUUGACCCCGUGAUUAAUAAUUAACUCAAGUUAAUGAGCGUUCGUAGAAACAGCUGUAGUAUAUUAUAAUUAAUCUCCUACUUUUUCUAUGUCGAUAUGGCAUUGAAAAUGAAAUGUACAAGAUUAAAGAAUAAUAUUUUCCCGCGUGUGUAUCAACAUACGUCAUUUUCAGUUAUGUAAAUGUUAAUCUGCUGUGCUGUCGAAGAAUGGACACGAGAAUAAUGAUUUUUGGAAAGGUGAAUAAAAAAAAUGUUUACGACAGUCA